CUCAGCUACAACAUUGGCGCCCUGCCCGUCCUACAAUUGCAUAUAUAUAGAUAGGUGCGAGCACGAAUAGCCGGAACUAACUAACCAAGACACGCGAGCAUAGCUGCCAUUGCCCGCCCGUCGACCGAUCGAAGAGUGAUUCGAGGUGGAAGAACACCAGGGGCGGAUAAUGGCGGACGACAUGGAGAGGAUCUUCAAGAGGUUCGACACGAACGGCGACGGGAAGAUCUCGCUGACUGAGCUGACGGACGCGCUGCGGACGCUGGGGUCGACCUCCGCGGACGAGGUGCAGCGCAUGAUGGCGGAGAUCGACACCGACGGUGACGGCUUCAUCGACUUCAGCGAGUUCAUCUCCUUCUGCAACGCCAACCCCGGGCUCAUGAAGGACGUCGCCAAGGUCUUCUGAAUCAGUUCAUUUCACCUCAGCCGUCCGAUCCAGGAGCCGAUCCAUCUACGUACGGCUUCGUAUAUCAAUUUCAUGCAACUACCUACUCCGGUCCCGAUCCAGCCUCAGCUUCACCUGAGGCAGGCCCUAAUUUUGUUUGAUCAAUUUUUUUGCUACCAGUAGUAACUAGUGAUGAUCACUGUUCCA